AUGGCCGCUGAGCAGGACGUCGACGCCGACGAUGACCUCGCACGGGCUCAAAAGAAAUUACGAGAUUUAAAGUCUAAAAUAUCCAGCCAAUCAAAGAAGAAUUUCGUUCUAGAGAGGGAUGUUAGGUAUUUAGACGGUAGAAUUGCCCUCCUUAUCCAAAACAGAAUGGCUGCAGAUGAGAAGGAAGAGGUCGCUGCAACUUUAGAGGAAAACGACGACAACGCUGGUUGGCUUGAUGAUAAGAAAGUACAGCAAUACGCUAACCUCUUCUUCCUCCUCCAAUCUGAACCUCGUCAUAUCGCUGUGCUCUGUAGACUCGUCAGCCUCGCUGAAAUCGACACACUCUUACAAACUGUCAUGUUCACCCUCUACGGUAAUCAAUAUGAGUCUCGUGAAGAGCACCUCCUCUUAACCAUGUUCCAAUCCGUUUUAUCCGCUCAGUUUGAGACUGCUACCGAGUUCGGAAGCUUACUCAGGGCUAACACCCCUGUCUCAAGAAUGAUGACCACCUACACACGCAGAGGUCCUGGCCAAUCCUACCUCAAGAGCGUCCUCGCUGAUCGCAUCAACUCCCUCAUCGAACACAAGGACUUGAACCUCGAAACAAACCCCUUGAAAGUCUAUGAACAAAUGCUCAACUCCAUUGAAGAGGAAAAGGGCAUCUUACCUCCUGGUUUGUCUCGUGGCGUCUCCACCGAAGUCGCCUCCGAUAACCCCGACGUACAAGCCAUCAUUAGACCUAGAAUCACUAUGCUCAUCGAAAUUGCAAACUCCUUCUUAUACACUAUCAUCGACUCCAUCGACAGCGUUCCUUAUGGUAUCCGUUGGAUCUGCAAACAAAUUCGUUCUCUCACUAGAAGAAAAUACCCACAAGCUACCGAUUACGCUAUUUGCUCUCUGAUUGGUGGUUUCUUCUUUCUGCGCUUUAUUAACCCAGCUAUUGUCACCCCACAGGCUUACAUGCUCGUUGACGGCAUCCCUGCUAAACACCCUCGUCGCACUCUCACCCUGAUCGCAAAGAUGCUUCAGAAUCUCGCAAAUAAACCUUCUUACGCUAAAGAGGCGUAUAUGAUGCAGCUAAAUCCUUUCGUUGAGAACAACAAGGCGAGGAUUAAUCAAUUCCUCAAUAAUCUCUGCGAGGUUGGUGAUUUCUACGAUCAGCUCGAGAUGGACCAAUACAUGGCUCUCAGUAAGAAAGAGUUGCAGAUAAAUAUAACGUUGAAUGAAUUAUACAAUACCCAUUCCCUGCUUGUCCAACAUAUGGAUAUACUUGCACCACAAAGCAAACAACAUCUUAGAAUACUGCUAGACGAAUUAGGGCCAUCGCCUGGACCAGUGCCCCGCAAAGACAACCGCACGAUCAAUCUGCCCAUGUUCUCGAGAUGGGAGACGCCAAUCCAAGAUCUCACCACGGCUCUGAUGGCCGAGAGCAACGUAACGCAGAACGACAUUCUCUAUAUGGAGGCCAAAUCCAUUUUUGUCCAGCUGAUCCGUUCGAUGCCGGGUGCCGACAGACUACCAGUCGAUUUGCCCGCGAUAGCCGAGCGCGCUGCUACAACUAAAGACCCCGUCUUGGUGAAGAAAGGGAUCAAAGUGAAAGAAAUGUUGCGCGAACUCGAGGAGAUCGGCAUCAUUGACCGCGCUGAUGAAUACAACCUCAUGCAGGAAGAGGUACAGGCUGAGCUCGCACAUCUCGGAAACAUACGCGAAAAAGUUCUCAUUGAGUCUAAAUCCUUAGAUAGCGUAUACAAGACCAUUUGCGACCAUAAUAAUUAUCUCCGCUCACAACUCGAAAGCUACAAAGCAUACCUGGCGAAUGUGCGCAUUAACUCGUCGAAAGAUGCUAAAUCUUCAACGGGUGGUGUCGGCGUCGUUACCGUUGGUGGUAAGGAGAAGAAAACUGCCAAGUCUCAAAUCCUCGGCCCGUACCGCUUCACUCACUACCAACUAGAGAAAGAGGAUAUUAUCAAACAAAGCAAUGUACCUGAAAAUAGAAGAUCAAACAUCUACUUUAACUUUACAUCACCAACCCCAGGCACUUUUAUCAUCGCUCUUCAUUACAAAGGCAGGGAGAAGGCCAUACUCGAAAUGGAUCUCAAAAUCGAUGAUCUCCUUGAAAAGCAGAAAGAUGGAAUCAACCUGCUUGAUUUGGAAUAUGUUCAGCUGGAUGUAGAUAGGGUGUUGUUGCUACUUCAAAAGUCAUUCUCUAAGAGACGUUAA